ACAUCUUGAACACAAGGAAAAGCUUCCUCUCAGGAGGCAUUUUAUUUGCCUUCCUCGUGGAGAGCGUAGCUCCUUCUUACGGUCCGCAUUUUUAGAAGUAAAUACGUACUUGACAGGGCAAAGAGAGGUUUUUCGUGUGCCAUAACAAAACUGUAGCUAGGACGCUAGCUUGCGCAAAGUGUGAGCUAACUAGCGUGAGCUAACGCUAACGACCUGGAAAGACCACACGUCCAUGAAAGAUAGCGUUUGAAUGCUUAACGGGUGAUGUUAAAACAACUGGACAUGUGAACCAAAUAACAGCACAAGUUUGUCUGUGGAGAGACUGAAGUAAAAUUAAAGGCCACAACGGAAGAGGAAGAUAUCCAUCCGAUGGUUUCCUACCAGGCUCACAUUGAUGGGGAGGGUGUUGUGAGAAGGAAUAGUGGAGGACAAAGGACAACACUAGAGAACUAAUAGUCAGCAAUCAUGAAUCUUCAUCAAGUCCUCACAGGGGCUGUUAACCCUGGUGACAGUUGUUUCUCUGUAGGGAGUGUCAACAAUGUGCCAUUCACGGCCUAUGCGUCUGGUUGUGACGUGGUAAUUUUGGGCAGUGACUUUGAACGAUUGCAGAUCAUACCAGGGGCCAAACAUGGCAACAUCCAGGUGGGCUGCGUGGACUGCUCACUACAGGGUGGACGGAUUGCAGCUUCCUAUGGAAGCACUGUGUGUAUUUUUGAGUAUCUUCAACAUUCAGAUCAUAAGGACACAUUGACUGUGAAGUUGAACUGCCAGUGGCAGAAAACUGGUCAAUUUGUUUCAUCUGUGGUAAGAAACUUGGCUUGGCACCCAACAGGCAGCACUCUCCUUACAGGCUCCACUAGCCUGCAGUUAUGGUCUAAUGCUGAUCGAGUGAAAGAAAAUGAUAUGCGAGAAACACAAACAGAAAUGACGAUGACAGACUCCAAUUCAACCUGGAGGUGCAUCUGGCACACAAAAACAGCGUCUCCUGUCAGUUUAGUGAAGUUCUCUCCUGAUGGGGAAUUCUUUGCUACUGCUGGGCAGGACGACUGCCUGGUAAAAGUGUGGUACUGCACAAGUAAGUGGAGUCUGGUGUUUCCAGACUCUUCACACCCUCCAGACUCCAGUGGCACCACACAAGGAGAGUUGGCCUUUUCCUUUGUGUAUCUGGCCCAUCCCCGCUCUGUUACUGGUUUUCACCUGGAGAAAGACCAGCAAUACAUGCCACGACGUUCAGUGUGUAAUGUUCUGCUUACAAGCUGCAAGGACAGCGUUUGUCGGCUCUGGGCAGAGACGCUGCUGCCGGGUGAUUGUCUCUUGUCUGGUCACCAUAAUAAGCAUACCACUGACCAACGCAGUGACCUCCACACACGUAUUGGCCCAUCAUGGCAAAACAUCUGCAAUGGGAAGACACCGGGUAGAACAGCACAAGAAUUAAAUUUUCGUGAGUUAUGGAGUACCUACUUUUAUCGGGAAAUGCCUCAGCCCUCUCUCACUGGCACCAUGCUCCAGCAUCAGAACCAGCACUGCAAACACAAGAAGAGCAGUGCUAGCUUGCCCCAGGCCAUUGCUCUCUGUCACUUCCACAUUGCUGCCAGCAUCAAUCCUGCCACAGACAUUCCUCUGCUUCCCUCCAUCUCCUCUCUGAAUUCAGUGGAUGGUGACGAAACUGGUGGACCUUUUACUGUCCAUUGGCUCAAUAACAAAGAGCUUCAUUUCACUCUAACUAUGGAGGUCUUUCUACAGCAACUCCGAGGCACCCUGGAGCAGCAGAAUGAAUGUGCCAAUGAAGAGCCUGAAGAUGACUUUGAAGAUAAUGGUAGCAGGCCUGCUUCAAGUGACACCCAAGUACCUGAGCCUGCAUCUGUGCAGUUUCCCUUGGCAGCAGUGGAGCACCAGGUAGAGGUCUUAUUAGAGGAGUGGAAUAAAGGCGCAGACAUGUUGUUCAGCAUCCAUCCUAUGGAUGGCUCUCUUCUGGUGUGGAACGUGGAUUGGUUGGAUGAAUACUAUCCAGGCAUGUUCAGACAAGCGCAGGUGUCAUUUGUAUCACGUAUCCCUGUAGCAUUCCCUACUGGAGAUGCAAUCUCUCUGAGCCAUAGUGUGGUGAUGUAUGCCUGCAACAAGAAUGUGGAUCUCGCCAUCCAGCACGGCAGACAGCGGCCACCUGGAAGUACUUUGCCUCGAACCAAAUCUGCUCUUAUUAGCUAUGGCGGUCAAGGAAGGGCAGCACCCAGCAGUAGCCUUCGACUAAGUAUUUUUACUCCCAAUGUCCUUAUGAUCUCCAAACAUGCUGAUGGUUCUCUUAAUCAGUGGGCAGUGAGCUUUGCAGAGGACUCUGCUUUCUCCACAGUACUCAGUGUCUCUCAUAAAUCACGGUAUUGUGGGCACCGCUUCCACCUCAAUGACCUGGCCUGUCACUCAUUACUGCCUCUCCUCCUCACUACUUCACACCACAAUGCUUUGAAGACACCAGAAGCAGAUGGCAUACUUGCUCCCGCAAGCAUCUCCCAUGCUCGUUCAACGCCGCUCCCUCACAAAUCACGAUGCUGCCCGAUAUCCCUGGGCAUAGUAUCCCAAGAUCCAAAUGCUAUUUACAGUGAACUCAUCUUGUGGAGAGUGGACCCUGUGGGACCACUGUCUUUGUCAGGUGGCGUCUCUGAGUUAGCCAGGAUCAAUUCUCUCCAUGCAUCAGCCUUUGCGAAUGUCGCCUGGCUGCCCACACUUAUCCCCAGCAACUGUCUCGGUGUGUACUGUAACUCUCCCAGUGCAUGCUUUGUGGCAAGUGAUGGUCAGUCACUCAGACUCUAUCAGGCUGUGAUUGAAGCUAAGAAACUCCUGAGUGAACUUUCCAAUCCUGAGAUAUCAAAAUAUGUUGGAGAGGUGUUCAACAUAAUCAGUCAACAAUCCACAGCAAAACCAGGCUGUAUUAUCGAACUGGAUGCCAUUACUGAAUUUCAGGGGAAGGAGACACAGCUCCUACAUGUAUUUGAAGAGGAACUUAUCCUUGGCAGUGAGACAAGAGAGAAGGCACAAGACACUCCAGACACGUCUCACCCUGCCUCGGGCGAACCAGCUUUCUCUGCUCGUUUUUACCUAGUGGUAGUAGAAUUGACUCCCACAGGUCGCUCGUUCCUCCACAUGUGGCAUCUCAAUCUUGCAGCCCGGCCUGUUACUAUGGAAGAGCACUUGACACAAAAGGCUGAGAACAACUCUCAAUUUAACUUUGACACAUUGGGUCCCUCAGUACCUCAGAAGAGUAAGCCAUGCACCUCUAAUCUGCAGAGUACAUGUCGUCUCAGCCUCACGACACGCAGGUUAUACAGCCAGGAAUUGGUGCUGCCUGCAGGCGUGGAGGUCCUUUGUGUUACACCCUCAGCAGGUCAUCUGAGUGCAUCAUGUUCAAUGCCAGCUGGCCCCGUACCUUACCUUCUUGCCACUUCCUGUUCUGACGGCAAAGUGCGCUUCUGGAAGUGCACCGUCAUGGGGUCAGAUCUCUCUUGUAUGGAAAAGCUGCUUUAUCAGUGGGAGGAGUGGCCUCUCCUGGUGGAGGAGGGACUUCCCAAUAGCAGUGUAAUAAGCGUGCCAGGUCAGCCAGUUGUAGUCAGCUGCUGUCACACAGGUCGAAUUGCAGUGGCCUUCAAGCAGAUACCAAAUAUUCCUCUGAUCUCAACACCCCAGUUGUACUUUGACUCACCUUUAAGUUUGACUUCCAACCCUCAGCUACAUGACCACAGCUCCACCAUGCAAUGGAUUCCAGCCCUCACUUCACACAACAGCCCAAAUCUUACUCCAGGUCCUAACCCUCCAAACACAAGAGAGCCUUUGGUCCAUGUUAGCAUUUUCCAGUGUGAGUCCACAGGUGGUUUACAGUGGAUUCUAGAACAAACCAUAGUCUUGGACAGCACAGAUGAAACAGUUAACCAUACCACAGACUUCUUUUUACCUUAUGACAACUGUUUUGGUUCUGCAAAUAGAAGCCUGGUUCAUUUGGAUUGGGUUUCCCAGGAGAAUGGCUCACACAUUCUCACUGUUGGUAUUGGGACAAAAAUUUAUAUGUUUGGCUAUGUCUCUGGUAAGCCUCCGGAACUCGGGCUAUCAUCUUAUGGCACUAGAAACCAAAGGUCAUCUCACCUGGUUCUCCUUCGGUCAGUUGAUUUGGUUUCCUCUGUUGAAGGCUCAUUACCCAUUCCAGUCUCUCUCUCUUGGGUUCGAGAUGGUAUCUUGGUGGUAGGCAUGGACUGUGAAAUGCAUGUCUACUCACAGUGGCAGCCUCCAGCACCACUCAAAUCUAAUGCAGCUAUCACCCAAGACACAGACAUGGGCAGUAGUGUCUCCUCCAUUGUGUCUGCUGUCAGACAGUGUCAGGAAGAAGGAUUUACCCCCGGAGUGCAGACGUCAUCAUUGGCACCUCCCAAAAGGGCCCUCACAAGAUCCAUGAUGAGUUUAGCUCAGAAACUCAGUGGGAAAAGAACAGCUUUUGACUUGCCUGAAGAGAUGGAGGAUUCUGGGCUGUUUGAAGCUGCUCAUCAACUCUUUCCCAUACUGCCACAGUACCACCCUGUGCAGCUGCUGGAGCUCAUGGAUCUGGGGAAGGUUCACCGUGCUAAAGCCAUCCUCUCUCACCUUGUGAAAUGUAUUGCUGGAGAAAUUGUGGCUCUUAAAGACUGUGCCAAUAAUCAGGAAAGACGUGCACGCACUCGAACCAUUAGCGCAGGAGGCAGCACAGCCAGGGAUAGGAAGAUGUUCAGCAAAGGAGAGGACUCGCUCCCAGAUUACACAGAGAUUAGCUCCAUCCCUCCACUACCUCUGUACGCUCUUCUGGCAGCUGAUGAUGAUAACCUAUCAAAGCCCGACAAACUGGGCAGUGUGAGUGGAGAUAGUGGGCAUGGUUCCAGUCACAUGGAUGCUUAUGAGGAGCUGUUUCAUGCACCUAAUGUAGUGGACUUGGACCCUGUGAACAAUGAUCAAGAAGAACAGGAGAACAAGGUAAUUGAUCUGUCCCAGUACAGUCCAACAUACUUUGGUCCUCAACAUGCCCAGGUUCUGUCCAGCCACCUACUCCACUCCAGUUUACCAGGCUUGACCCGUAUGGAGCAGAUGUCUCUUAUGGCGCUGGCUGACACCAUUGCCUCCACCAGCACUGAUCUCAAGGACAGCCAAGACAAAAACAAAGGUGGAGAAACACUUGAUGAGUGUGGCCUGAAGUUUUUGCUGGCUGUGAGACUCCAUACCUUCCUCUCUACUUCCCUGCCCCCGGCACACAGGGCACAGCUGCUACGACAAGGAUUGUCAACAUGCCAUUAUGCUUGGGCCUUCCACUCUGAAGCUGAAGAGGAGUUGCUAAAUAUGUUGCCUGCUCUACAGAAAGGAGAUGUUACAUGGGCCGAGCUGCGCUCCAUGGGGGUGGGUUGGUGGUUACGCAGCACAAACAAACUACGCAGAUGUAUUGAGAAGGUGGCCAAAUCAUCUUUUCAACAAAAUAACGAUCCUCUGGAUGCUGCCAUCUUUUACCUUGCUUUGAAGAAGAAGGCAGUGGUCUGGGGACUGUACAGGUCUCAGAAGAAUGUCAAAAUGACAGAGUUUUUCAGCAACAACUUCAGUGAGGAUCGGUGGAGGAAAGCAGCAUUGAAAAAUGCAUUUUCUCUUUUGGGAAAGCAGCGGUUCCAGCAUUCGGCAUCUUUCUUCCUUUUAGCUGGCUCCCUAAAGGAUGCUGUGGAGGUGUGUUUAGAGAAAAUGCAGGACCUACAGCUGGCCCUUGUCAUCUCAAGGUUAUAUGAAUCCGAAUAUGAGACGGCAUCCACCUACAAAAAGAUUCUUCAGAGACAUGUUUUGGGACAAGACAAACAGAUUCCAGCCCACCAGGACCCGUUCAUCAGGAGCAUGGCUCACUGGGUGUUGGAAGACUACAGCAAAGCUCUGGAGACUCUGCUUGAGCAUCCUGCUAACACCAACAGGUCUGAGAGUUCAUCUCACACAGAGUUCUCUUCCAUGCACACGUGUAACCCAGAGGUGUUUAACUUCUACACCUACCUCUGUACCCACCCACUCCUCCUUCGCCGCCACUUUGGCUCAUCAGACAAGGCUAAAGUAUGCCUGACUGCUGAACGUCGUAGGGCUGACUCUGUCAGCUUAGAGGAGCGACGGCUGUUUUUUACAGCUGCAUAUGCACAUCUUCAAGCUGGUUGCCCUAUGUUAGCACUUGAAGUCCUCUCCAAGAUGCCAAAAGUUCGCAAAUAUUUCAAACCCCAGAGACAAGAGGACAUGAGUACUGUGGUUGACUUGAGUGUUGGAAGUAAGAAUGAACAGUUGUCAGACCAUGAUUGGUCUCAUCCAGUUUUGAAUGGUUACGAGUCUGGUGGAGACAGCUUAUCCAACAGCCGGUCAGAUUCAGUUCUAAGUUUUGAUUGGAGCCAGCCUUCACUGGCUCUUCCUGAUGAGCCUCUGGAGCUAAAGUGGGACAGUGACAAAGAGGAUGAGGAAGAAGAUGUUAAUGUUAAGAGGGGUACAACAACGGACAGCACCAGCGCAUUCCAAGAAGCUCAAGAUUCCACAUCUCCGUUAAUGGUGACAGGGGAGGAAAGUGAGAACAGCCAUUAUUUCAUCGCACCAUCUGAAGACAUCUUGGCAGCCCAUCUGAAGUUUACGGCCUGCUUAAAAAUAAUGACCAAUGAACUUAGGACGCUUUCAACAGGGUUUGAACUGGAAGGGGGUAAGCUCCGUUACCAGCUAUACCAGUGGAUGGAGAGAGAGAUGGUGGCUCUCCAGCAUUGCUGCAGCUACAACCCCUGCCUACAAAAGCUGUCCACCCUGGCUGAUGCUCACAUCUCUGGCUUUGUGGAGGAGGAACGGCCUAGGAGCCCUCAUGAUGACAGCCAGAGGAGCAGAAGACACUGGCUACAGAGUAUUCAGCCUUUAUUGAGGAUGUUUCUGAGUUACUGUAGCUUGCAUGGCUCCCACGGUGGAGGGUUGGCCUCUGUGCGAAUGGAGCUCAUAUUAUUGCUUCAAGAGUCACACCAGGAUGACUCUGUUCAAUCAGGUGUGCCUCAAUGCUCCAAUCCAUCCUCCAUCCCUCUCCUGCUGGCUUGCACGGCCAAUGUAAAGACAGUGGUUGCCAAUCCUGUAGUCUACCUAACUAACUUGACACAUGACAUCUUGCAGACCAUCAAUGCACUUGACUCUCCUCCACAUCCUGAUGUUGUAAACAACGAGAUCUAUGUGAUGCACACCUUGGCUGCUUCCUUGUCUGCCUGUAUAUAUCAGUGUCUGUGUGAUGGGAACACCUACAGCCAUGUGGAUCGUUUUGCAGGAACUGUGUACCAGCGUGCAUUAAUGUCUCACAAACGAGUCAAAAUGAUGAGCAUGGAGGAGUCGGUUCAGCCAAACAUGUCUCCUGCACAGUGGCCAGGUAUCGUCUCUCUGAUUCGUCUGUUAAGCUCAUCUGGAGAGGAGAGCCAGCCAGGCUUAGUCAUACUGCUCUGUGAGAUCCUGACUGCUGUCUUCCUCAGUCUGUUCGUUCACGGUUUGGCCACUCACUCCAGCAAUGAGCUGUUUCGCAUCGUAGCUCACCCUCUCAACAGCAAGCUUUGGGUCACUGUGUUUGGAGGAGGGGCCCGAUCCCCUUCUAGUGAGAAACUCAAUGCAGCAACUAAAACUCCUCCACCGGCCUCACCUUCCUAUGUGGACUCAGACAGGAAAGCCAGACGUUUCAAGCUUCUGUCAUCACGUAGUGGAUCCAGGGAGGAGUCUGGGUCAGAAAAGGAGGGACCAGCCAGUCCCAAACAUGGUUCCUUUGUAGAACAAGAAGCUUCUUCCAUCUUUAAAGAACAUUUUGUCCCUCCAGAGCUCAGCAUUUGGGAUUAUUUUAUUGCCAAGCCAUUGCUGCUGCAUUCAGAAAAUGGAGUGGACUAUGACUCGGAGCAGAGCCAGAACAGUCAAGAUGAAGAUGAAGACGAUGAAGACUACGACGAUGUAUUCGACACCAACUCUCCUCAACGAGAGCAUUCUAACUACAAUUCAUAUAGCUGGUGUUUGAUGCGUCUGUCAAUGGUUCAGUUGGUGCUGCUCAAUAUCAAGUCUUUUUUCCCUGUGACAGGUUAUGAUCUAUCAGAUCUGCCUGUGGGCUCUCCUUUAUGUCAUGCUGUGCUGAAGACCCUGCAGCGCUGGGAGCAGGUGUUGGAGAAGAGACUGGAGAUCUUUGGGGGACCUCCUUCCAAGUACAUUUCGACACAUCUCCAAGAGGAAAUGGCCACUGCUGGGCCUGCCCUCCUCAGACAUAAGGCCCUCUUGGAACCUUCCAAUACCCCAUUCAGGUCUACCCACCAUUCAGCUCUGCCAGUGAAGCGUUUAUGGCAUUUUCUGGUGAAGCAGGAAGAGGUGCAAGAAACAUUCAUUAAAAACAUCUUUACGAAGAACCGGAACCCAAGUGAGUUGGUUGAGGACCAGACUGACUGUAUGAAAUAUUCAGAGAUGGAGAAGUCAGGAAUCAAUCAGGUUGAGUCAGAUCUGGACAGCCCUGGAGGAAAGGCGCGCAUCAUCCACAAGGAAUCUGACAUCAUCACAGCCUUUGCCAUAAACAAGGCAAAUCGUAAUUGUUUGGUUAUGGCAUCCACACAUGACAUUCAGGAGCUCGAUGUAUCAUCCAUCUUGGCGACACAGAUCUUCACAUGGAUCGAUGAUGAUGAGGCCGAAGCCAGAGGUGUUGUUGGUGAUGACUUUCUCGUGGUCCAUACACGUGAUGACUUUGCCACACUCCAUGGUAGCACACCCUACAGCCACAGCAGCCCUGGCACACCCAUCAAUAUGCCGUGGCUGGGAGGUGUGCAGACUGGGAGAGGUGCUUCUGUGAUGAUCAAGCGAAACCUCACCAAUGUGAGGAGGAUGACCUCUCAUCCCACCCUGCCUUACUACCUGACAGGAGCGCAGGACGGGAGCGUGAGGAUGUUUGAGUGGGGUCAUUCCCAGCAGAUAAUCUGCUUCAGAAGUCCAGGCAAUUCCAGGGUCACCCGGAUACGAUUCAACCACCAGGGGAACAAGUUUGGGAUUGUGGAUGCAGAUGGAGGUUUGAGUCUCUGGCAGGUCAACACGAGCGGGAAUGCACCCAAACCGUACUUGACUUUGCAGUGUCACAAGACAGCUCACGACUUUGUUUUUGUGGGCUCGUCCUCCCUCAUUGCCACUGCAGGCCUUUCCACAGACAACAGGAACGUGUGUCUGUGGGACACUCUGGUGACUCCUGCAAACAGCCUUGUGCACGCUUUCUGUUGUCACGACUCAGGUGCGACUGUGCUCUCGGUGGCCCUGAGACAGCAGCUGCUUAUCACAGGGGGGAGGAAGGGCUGGAUCACUGUGUUGGAGCUCCAUCACCGCCACCAGCGGCAGAGCUUCCAGGCCCAUGACUCGCCAAUCAAAGCGCUGGCCGUUGAUCCUACUGAAGAUUGCUUUAUCAGUGGAUCCGCUGAGGGAAACCUCAAGGUUUGGAGCCUGGCCACACAGAGCCUGCUCUACACCUUUCCAAACGAACACGCUCGCCAGUCGCUCUUCAGGAACCUCGGCACAGGCGUCAUGCAGAUAGAAAUGGGACCGGCCAAUCACAUCUUCUCCUGCGGCGCUGACGGAACCAUGAAGAUGAGGCUCCUCCCCAACCCCUUCAGCAUUGGCAACGAGAACAACCACAGCAACGUCAAAAACGAUGUCAAAUUCAUCAUAUAGACGCAGUGUUAAGUCAAAGAGAUUUGACUGGACGUUUUGUUUUGGGAGGGGUGGCAGCUGAAGAAUGACUUUGAGUAAUUGCUUGUCGGCGAACACACAAGCGCCGUAAGCAGCAUUGCUGUUCAAAGCAGCCACAGGGUACCAAUCAACAGCACAUUUCUCCACAAUAAACGGACUCCUGGUUUUUGUGGGGAUGCAGAUUAUUUGAACCGGAGGCUGCAAACGUUCUUACCUCAACAUUCACUAUUGAAGCAGCCGUCAGACUGUCCAACGCCGCAAUCAAAGCCACGGAGCACAGCGCAGUCGUACAAAAGCACAGUGUCCACUUCCCACAAACAAACAAGGCCUCCCUGUGCAGGACAACCAGGAUCACAUUUGUACACAUCAACAUAUCGUGUGAUUAUAUUCAUAUUUCAGGCCUUUUUUUUCCCCUCCCCUCCAGUAGGACUUAACAUAAAGAAAAUAAAUGUGAUUUGAAAUCAAACAUUUAAACUGAAUCCAGUUUCAGUUGCCACAGGUUUCCUGUUGUAGUUUCCAUUUGCACAUUUAAAUUAAGCAAAUUCUUUGUAUUGAAAGGCGAGACAACAGGGCUGCUGGUACGAUGAGUAAACUAUUAUAUGAAGUUCAUCAGCACCUCGAUUUAACCAGUGAUGAUGAUAUUGUCAAGUGUCCUUAAUGUGUGGAAACUGUGGUGCUGUCAGGUUGGUGCUCAGUGCUUUAAUGGGGACACGAUGAUUAAGACCUUUACUGACUGCAUUUGUGGAAGUGUCAAAUGUUAUAAAUCAUGUAGCCGGACCUUUGACAAUGGAGAGGUUUUGGUACAGGUACACAAAUUUUAAUUGGAAAAAAAAUUUUUUUCUCUCCUUUCAGUGUUUUAUUCCAGUAAUGAUGCACUCUUCACUUUUCUUGACUCCAAACUUUAAUUUUUCCAGAUGGACCAAGGUCAGAAACUACCUUGGACACUGUUGUUUACUUUGUUGUAUUAAUUUUAUUUUGCAGUUUAACUUGUUUGCUUUGCAGAGCUCACCUAGUGUGGCAGAUUACAGUAAUAAAGUCAACUGCAUUUGUUUGUUUUAUUUUUUUUUAUUAAAUUUAUGUUGCUUUCAAUACAUGCUUGGAAAUGUGAACUAUGCUGUAUAUUUUUGAUGUCUUGCACAUAAAUGAGGGAGUCAUUAAUUUGAUUGAAGGAUUCUGAUUGACAAAGCUAGUCAUUGACAUGUCUGCUGCUGUGGAGGAAUGCACACAUUAGCUUUAAUUUCAGGAUGAUUAUUCAAGUUAAGAAAACAAAUGUCCAUUAUUACUAGAGAUUGGUGACGUUCAUCACUUUAUGAAGAAUAUGAAUUUAUAGGAAUAGAUUUACAAAAUAUAAAACUUUAGAAACAUUAACUGCCAACUUAGCAAAUCUAAACUUACCGCUUUUCACCCCGAAAUUAUGAGGUAAGCCUAAGGUUUGUUUCCAUACAAAUCAGUGAUUGGUAAACUACAUGUAUUCCUACAGCAACUGGAGAAUAAAAAUAAUUUUUAAUCAAAGCUAGUGCUCUUCUGCUUAAUAUUGCUUAUUUUCCCCUCAGAGGGUCAUAUCAAUUGGAAUCAGGAGUCUGAACGACCGUAAUGGUUCCUCACACAAUCACGUUUUCUCUUUAAUCUUGCAAAUGUGAAUUUAAGCAGAUAAUUCUAAUUUUAUAAAGAAGCUAGUGUAAAUCCUGUAUGUAUUACAGAACCUAUACUGCUGUAAUAAAAACAUGCAACACGAA